CUUGCACUGACUGGCGGACGGGAUCUAAGGAUCGAUGAUCUUGAUGAUCACUCAAACAAAGUUUUUGGACUGCCUUUUCCAUGCAUGAUCUCGUUCGCACUGAUUCUAACAAACAGCGACAGGCGGAGAUUUAGAACUACGAGGAGUUAGUCUUAGUAUCAACAUCAAGUAAAAAAAGUUCUUCUUCUCAUCUUCAUAGGUAGAAACAAACAUUUAACACAAGAUGAGGCAAUUAAAGUACCACGAACAGAAGCUGUUGAAGAAGACCAAUUUCUAUGACUGGAAGGAUGAUAAGCAGACGAUUCGAGAGGGUGCGAUCAUCCGGAAGUACCAGGUAGAAGACCGAGACGACUACGCGAAGUACAAUAAACUCAUAGGCAUGAUCACGAGACUGACUGCGCAGUUGAGAAAGCUUCCGGCAGAUGACGCAGAUAGGAUACGAAUGACAGAGUUGCUAUUGGAAAAGCUGUUCGCGAUGGGAGUGGUAUAUCUUUUUUUACCCUGACUUUAUGUUGAUGAUUAUGUCGUGCAGAGAGUAAUCUAAUUCUCUGUGCUCGAGCUCGUGAGUAAUCAACAAAUUCUUUUGAGCAUUGACUUUCUUUCUACUCUUUUCGAUCAAAAGACAUGCCUAUUCCCCCCAUUGCAACAACAGACAAAUUCCCGUCAAUCCUUGGAGCUCACGGAAAAAAUCGCUGUGAGUAAUUUCUGUCGCCGACGACUCCCCGUAGUGAUGACUAGCAUGAAAAUGGCAGAGUACGUUUCCAAAGCGACUGAGUUCAUCCAGCAUGGGCACGUCAGAGUAGGACCGGAUCUGUGCACUAAUACAGCACUCCACGUCACCAGAGACAUGGAAGAUCACAUCACCUGGGCAGAAGGGUCUAAGAUCAAGCGACACGUAGCAGCUUUUAGAGGAGAGGAAGAUGACUACGAUUUGAUGAGGAACUAGUAAAGGAUGACUGUGGAACUUUCUUAUGUGGUUCUGUUGAAGAUGAAUGAACCAUACCAUAUGAUAUCAAUGAAGAAGAACCCACUUGACUCCUGAUUGUCAUUGCAAGAACUAUGCUUGGGGAGGUAUACACGACGCUGCUAUAAUCUAAUGGAAAAGUAGUGAUUGUCGUGAUGUGGCAUGUACAAAAAGAAAAAUGUCCAACGCGAUUGACGCUG